AUGGCAAUGACAACAUCAAAUCUCAAUUCUACUAAAACUAUUACCCGUCGUAGUACAGUUUCUGAUGCAAAAAUAGUCAAUGAACAAGUCCUAUCACAAGAGCUUGGCCAAUUUUCACCUUUUAAAAUCAAUUCAACAAAAAAACAGAUAACAAGAUUUCCUAUAGAAAUCAUUCUUUCGAAAACAAUUGGUAGUGAAUCGCAAUCUAUACCCGACUAUCUUUGUUCAAAAAAUCCAUCUUUUGAAAAGAAACUUCGAACUAUUUUACCAUCAACGAUGAAUUUAGAUGAAUUAAGAGAUAUUGCUAUUCUCAUGCAUAAAAUUAUGUCGAUUGACAUAGUACAAUCUCUCUGGAUAGUCUAUCGAAAAUAUGGUGUGGAAGAAAUACAAUCCAAACGACCAAUCAAUGAAUCCGAUACAAAACUUUGGCCAAAAGAAGUUUCAUCACUCAUGGAACAAUUAAAAAAUGAUAAUAUUAUUGAUGAAAGUAGUUGUUUAGUUUUCGUCAAUCAAUGUUUACAAGAAUUGUACAAUAAAAAGGAACAUUAUCGACGCGAAUUAAAUGUCAAGACCAGUCGUUUAUCUGGUUAUAACCGUAGCAUCGAAUAUACCAUUGAAAAAUUUGUACAACAAGGACUUCAAUCUUUACAUAUUGAAAUCAAUGAACAUAUUGCCACGGUUCAAUAUCAUUAUACCGAUAUAAUAUUUCAACAAACUUAUUUUGCUCAAAAUCCUAAUGCAAAUCAAAUACAUUCAGCAAAAAUUAUUUGGAAAGUUACCGAUGAUAAACAAAAACUUCGAUAUGAAAUUGGUAUAUUCAAAAAAUGGUUGUCUGAUAAAUCUUCAUCUACCUGUUGUGCUUUUCAAGAUUUAGCAUUAACAAAGAUCAACACUAUAUUGAUUAAUCUUCUUUUUGACAAACAAUGCUUAUCAACAAUACAUGUAACAAUGAAUAAAAUGAAAUCAACUCAUACAUUCAUAAAUGAUUUAGCAAUACGAACGAUAUCUGUUGCUGAAGAAAUAGCUCAAACCUACCUUCAAAAAGCAAUCGAUGAGAAAACAAAAAUAUUAAACAAUGGGAAAAAAUUUAAGAAACUACCCACAGUUGAUACAAUUAUUACGGCUAUUGAAAAUCGUCAAACUAAUAUGGUUCAUCGUGCUCAAUAUAAUAUCGCACGAAUAUUACAUAUUAUCGAAAUGAAAUAA